AUGCCCAACAACUACCCGACCGUUGUCGAUGGAACCUGGUCUCAUCUCAAAGAGCUCAUCGCAGAUGUACCGUGCUGGACCUGUCGGCGGAGGAGAGUUCGGUGCGAUGCAAUCAGGCCCGCAUGCGUAAAGUGCACCAGAGCAGGCAUCCAGUGUAUGGGUUAUGGACCGACAAAACCGUUGUUAUGGGUUGGAAUGCCUCGUCGAGUCAAAAAGAAUUCCAAAUUGCGGGCCGAGAACGGAAAGACUCGGUACACCGGCACAGCUACCAGUCAAUUGAGGCAGCCAGAAGCCUUUGGCAUCAUCUCAACCCUUGCACAGGCAGACAGGAAAUGCCAGAUACUGAAAACCCCGAGCAACCCCCUGGUUGUCAACUACGGCCUACAGUCUUUAGAGUACAUUCAAUACUACGAGCAAAGAUGUUGUGUAGAAUGCAGCAUAUACGAGGAGAACUCUGUCAACCCGUUUCGGCAAUUCCUGCCAUUGAUUCAAUCCAGCCCUCUGGUCCAUCACACAAUAGUCUCCCUUGCGGCGCAUCACCGAGCGCGUGGGGUCACGCCCUUAAGUGAAGCGAUUCCGUCACGCGAUGACGCAGUACCUCUUCAGAUUCUCACCUCCACGCAUUAUUCCAGUGCUCUGUUCCACAAAAGACAAGCGAUACAGAACUUGCGGCAGGCUCUGGCGGCUGCGGACCAUUCAGACUCGGUUGUGGUUUCUACUCUGCUACUGAUUUGGGUGGAGCUUUUGGAUUCGGGGUAUCAAUCCUGGAGACAUCAUCUCAGCGGCAUGAGGGGCCUGAUAACCUCUCGUACUAGGUCGUCUCACCCUGUUGGCAAAGACGAUUCUGCUCUCACACCGAACAUGGCCUGGAACUUCGACGACUACUUGGAAGAAGUAUAUGUCAUCCUUUGCGUCAAUGGGUCUGCUGUGUGCCCCUUGGCCCCCGAGCUGAAAGACUAUGCCGGAAAACUAUUUGACCAACUAGAUCGGUUCUCUUGUUGGGAUUGGUCGAUCAGUUACCCUGAACCAAAUUACGUCGAGCAGCGGUACCAUUUGGCAUGCUCUUACAAGGCUGCUAUCAAGGUUUACGGAUGGCGUGCCCUGCUGGGAAUCGAUUUCGAGCCAACAGAGAUGGAAGAAAUACUCGAAGAUGCUAUGUCUCACAUGAAGAUGAUUGACCCACAAGAUACCCAUUUUAAAGGGUGUCUCUGGCCAGCCUUCAUUGUGGGGGCUGAAGCGAGCGAUCCUGCUCAUCGCUUAGCCGUCACAGAUAUCCUUAUGCACAUGUAUGGCCUGCUCUAUACCAGGACCAUUGAGCGAAGCCUACAUGCACUUGAGCGGAUUUGGAAGUGGAGACAAUUGACGGAGGAUCAUAUCUCAUGGAUUGUCUAUAUGUAUGAAGACGGUGAGGAAUUAUUACUAGUCUAA